UCAAGCUUUAACAAAAAAACCCCGACCCAUAAUCAGGUACACCUGUUGCGGCGGCUACGAGGUGUCGGAUGAAUAAAAUAUAUUAAAAAGGUGAUGGCAUUGGCAGGCAGCCUGCCAAAUCAAAUUACGCCUCUUCUCUCUUUGUUCUUUAAACUAUCUUCGAUCUUCGAUCAUCAUUCUCCCCCAUCUUGUUGAAUCAAAUCUUUAUUUUAAAAAAUGGGAAUUCCGUCAGAAAUGAGGGAUGUUUGGGUACAGAGAAGAGCAAAGUUCUUCAUAAUUCCUUCUCCCGCUGAAGACCAGAAGAAAUUGAGAGCCCAGCAAUCCUCCCAAGAAGGUAUUCGUGCCGGUCUCAAGGCUGCUGCCAUUACCGGCGUUUUUACCGCUGUGCCUACAUUGAUUGCAGUUCGUAAGGUUGUUUGGGCAAAGGCAAACCUCAACCAUACUGCUCAAGCUCUUAUCAUAAGUGGAGCAUCGAUUGCCGCUUACUUCAUUACUGUUGAUAAAACCGUGUUGGAAAGCGCUAGGAAGAAUUCUCGAGCUCAGUUUGACAACAAAACUGCUUGAAUACCUCAUCCGAAGGUAAUGCAAAAUGGCCUGAGAGCAACUUUACUAUAUGUGUUACAGUUUAAUGAUGUUGGUCACAUAAUGCAAUUAUUUUUCUUCCUGAGUUUUAUGUUCAAAUGUUGAUUUUAUAUUCUAGAAUUUAAGCUGGUUUGCAGUUUUUGGGUUCGAUUGUAUGUUGUUUAUUGUAUGUAUUUAACAAAGCAGUUGAUCCCUAGCGUUUGGCCCACUACUUUAGGGUGUUGAUCUCAUAUCAACAAUGUAAGUUCAAAUAGCAAGAAUUACCUAUUAGUGAUGUGGGAUAAUGAUUUGCUCUUAUCAAUGGUGUGUAAGUUGUAUCACAUAUAUUUAAUGCAUUUCUUAAUUGAAAAGGUCAAAAAACAUUUAUAGAAAAGGAGUAAAUGCUCCAUUUGGGUCUAAAUCCUUGAGCGUUGCUCAUGUAGGAUCAAAUCUUCCAAAGUGAUGGCUGCUCAUCGGUCCACAAACAAAAUGUAUUAAUACAAGUACAGCACAUUGGGUUGAUGGUA